AUGCAAGUGUUCGAGUGGAUGUUCGGCAAGAGCCUGACGCCCCAGGAACAGCUCCGCAAGAACCAGAGAGCUCUGGAAAGAACGCAGAGGGAAUUGGAUCGCGAACGGGUCAAAUUGGAACAGCAGGAGAAGAAGAUUAUUCAGGAGAUUAAGAAGUCAGCCAAAGCAAACCAGAUCAAGGCAGUGAAGAUACAAGCCAAAGACCUUAUACGUAUUCGCAAGAACGUUGAGAAGUUCCAGCGUAUGAAAAUCCAGCUUCAGGCAAUUUCGCUACGAAUCCAAACGGUUCGCUCGAACGAACAAAUGGUCCAAUCAAUGAGGUCUGCCACACAGCUUUUGAACUCCAUGAAUAGAUCCAUGAAUCUUCCGCAGUUGCAGAGGAUCACCAUGGAAUUUGAGAAACAGAAUGAUAUAAUGGACCAGAGACAGGAAGUUAUGGACGAUGCCAUUGGCGACAUGAUGGACGGAGAACUGGACGAGGAAGAUGAGGAUGAGGUAGAUGAGGUUGUGGGAAGGGUCAUGGAUGAGAUUGGAAUAGACUUGAACUCUUUGUUGAAGGACACGCCCAGCGGAGUGUCUGUGGAGCCCGUCAAGUCGCAACCCCAGAGGCAGAUGGUUGCACAGGGAGCUGGUGGAGGUGGAGCUGAAGACGAUGAUUUGCAGGCGCGGCUUGAUAGUCUGAAAAGGAAUUGA